AUAAAAUACACUCUAAAGUUUGAUUUCAAAUAAUAUAUAUUUAAAAUACUUAAAAACUUUCAGAUUUCAAGGUGAAUAAAUUAAAAACUAUUGAGGAUGAAUAUUUAGUAACUAUUUCUUACUUACUAAGCAAGCGUUUCUUCGUAAAGAUCAAUCUCGACAAAAAGAAAGUGAAAAAUUCGCAUCAUUUUCAAAUUUUAGUGAAAAUGUCGCUUUUAAAACAGUCACCUGGAUCGGCAGAUAUAAGUUCUUACAGAGAUCAACAUUUUAAGGGAAGUAGAUCUGAACAAGAGAGACUUCUAAAACAGAGCACUACAUUGUAUAUUGGAAAUUUGUCAUUCUACACAACAGAAGAGCAGAUUCAUGAACUGUUUAGUCGGUGCGGCGAUGUAAAAAGAAUCAUCAUGGGGCUUGACAAAGUCAGGAAAACACCGUGUGGCUUUUGUUUUGUGGAAUAUUAUACCAGACCUGAUGCAGAAAAUGCUAUGAGGUAUGUGAAUGGUACUCGACUUGAUGACAGAAUUAUCAGAACAGAUUGGGAUGCCGGAUUUAAAGAAGGGAGGCAAUAUGGCAGAGGAAAAACUGGUGGCCAGGUUCGAGACGAAUAUCGUACAGAUUUUGAUGAAGGACGAGGAGGUUACGGAAAAAUUGUUGCAACAAAAAUACGACCAAGGGAUUCUUUGUGACAGCCUGAUGUUGUGCUGGACAUUUACAUAAACUUUAUUAUGAUAGAGACAGAGAUUAACUGUGGAACAAGAAGUAACAUCCACCUCAUAAUUUUGUAAUUCAUCUCUUGACUAACACAUGAGUUAAUUGAGUGUUGAAUGAAUUAGUAUGGAAGAAAGUUGAUGAAAGAAGAUGGAAAGAAGGAAACAGCUUCACCAGUACAGGGGGGCAAUCAGCAUUUUUGAAGAGUUUAAUGUAUGUAGAAUUAAUAUUUUAAAGAUCAAAUAUUGUAUAGCAGAACUAUAGUGACAAACUUAAAAAUGCUUGUCAAGAACUGUAUAGAUGGUCAUUUAAAAAAAAACACUUUAAAAAAAGUGUAAAAUGUUUGAAACAGGGUCAUAUCUCGGACUUAAAGUUUACAGAAUUAAGCCCCUUUUCCAACUUAGAAAAUUUUGGUAAAUCAGUUGUAUGUAAGCUAGUAUUCUGUAGAGUGGUCUCAAAUUGUGAAGCACACUGUCAGUAGACAGCUCUUGUUUUUACUUUAAAAUCAGGCUUAAAGUUUUGUUAUGUUUAAAUUAAAAUUGAUGCACAUGAUUGAAUGUGUGGGAUCUAUGGAUUAAUUGCAGAAUGCUUCAUUCAUAAAUUGUUCUCGAGAAUCAUUAUAAAUACAGUAGUGGUUUUUAUACAGCUAGAUUUAAAAUAGACUCAUUUGCAUUCUAAAAACAAUGAGCUCAUUCAACUUUUUUUGCCUGUGUAAAUUUCUGAUACAGUUUACAUAUUUCUUAUUCUCAGUAAGAUAGAUAUCUUUUAUUGUCUAGAAGCUCUCAAACAGAAAGUAUGUCAUAAUACCUUGAUGUAGUUUAGCACAUUUUGUUCAAGAUUUGCUCUGUAUGACAUCUGUUUAUAGCUAAAGAAAAAUGUUAUCAUUUCCACUUUAGAAUUAAAUAUGUUGUUUUA